AUUGUUGCAAUUGAUGUUUUUUUAGAGGUUAAGUUUGUCUAUCAGCAAAUGAAGGUUGUAUCUGAUAACAAUGGAAAUUUUGAGGUAAAAAUGUUUACUUUUGCAUCACUUGAAUUUUUUUUACCGGAUUUGAAUGUGGUUUUGAUUUCUACUCGAGUGCUUUCCAGAUUCAAAAUGGUAAUUUUUUUAUUACCACAAAAGACUUGGAGUUUGAAUGGUUACUUCACGGUGACGGGUGUGAGCUAGGUUUAGGUACACUUGAUGUUCUUCCCAUUGUGCCCCAGGGUACCCAUAGAAUCCAAUGGGAGAACGGACCGUGGCAUUCACUUUAGUCUUCAUCCACAGCUUCAGAGGUUUUCUUGACAAUUACUGCAAAGAUGCUGCACUUUACUCGGUAAUUAGAAGCAUGGAGUUUAGUAUAUCUGUUCACAACCUUGACGAAACGAUAAAGCUUGGCCAUGAUGGCUCGUGGGAGAUUACCUUUAACAAAAAAUCGGGUGCAAUUGAGUGCUGGAAGGUUGAGGGCAUUUCGGUGCACCUGGACCAUAAGCACAUGGGAUUAGGAGGGGAUGAUAGCUGGUCACCUUGUGUUCAUGAUCAGUAUCUUCUUCCUCCUGUUCCAUACUCUUUCUGCCUCAGGUUUGACUCAGAACAUUCCUGUCCUGUUGACUUUCGUGAAGGCAAUCAUAGACAGGCAACAUCUACCCUUUUAGCAGGCUUGGUUUCACAUCGUUAUGCAGAUGCUUCGAAAAAGCCAUACCAACCUAUUGACCUUAUGGAUGACAUGAGGAGGGAAUAUGGGAUUACUAUGUCUUAUAAGAAGGCUUUGGUAGUUAAAAGAAAAGCGAUGAGCAAACUCUAUGGUUCAGAUGAUCAACUGUACCGCUUGUUGCCUGCGAUGCAAGCAUGGAUUCAUUGCUUUCCAAUCCUUAUUAUAGAUGGGACUUUCAUGAAGGCUUACUUUCGUGGAACACUGCUGACUGCAUGCACACAAGAUGCUAAUCGACAGAUUGUCCCUUUAGCAUUUGGCAUAUGUGACGCUGAGAACAAUGAGUCUUGGUUGUGGUUCUUAAGCAAUGUGAAACAUUCACUUAUUGAACGCAGUGACAUGUGCAUCAUCUCAGACCGUCAUGAUGGUAUCUUGUUUGCAGUAGAUAAGCUGUUUCCUUCUAUUCCUCAUUGCUAUUGUACUGAACAUAUAUUGCGCAAUCUCAAAGGGAAAUUUAAGGGCAAAUCAGAAUCAAUUGAGUGGAAGUUCAGAGCUGCUUCUCGGGCUGCUACUGUUGAAGAGUGUGAGGAGUAUCUUUCAAUGUUGGAUGAUCCGCGUAUACGGGUAUACCUUGAUAAGAUUGGAGUUGCAAAGUGGUCUAGAUAUAAGAGUCCAACAUCACGUUACUCCUCCAUGACUUCAAAUUUGGCUGAGUUAAUGAACAAUGUCAAUAAAAAUGCAUGGGAUUAUUCUGUAGCAAAAUUGGUUGAAUUCCUUCGUGCAAUUGGUAAACGCCCUGGGUUAUCCUGCUACGAAUUUAUUUCCACCUUUUACAAAUUGGAAGCAUUGGUGUGCACAUAUGCUGGAAUUGUUCAUCCUAUUGGUGAUGUGUCUGGAUGGGUGAUUCCUCAAGAUAUUCUAUCAAGGAAAUGUGACCCUCCAUCUUACAACAAGCGCCCUCCUGGAAGACCUAAGAAGAAAAGGUAUCCUUCUGUAGGGGAGCUCCGUUAUGGCAAACGUAGAGUGAAGCAAAGAUGUUCGAGGUGCAAGUCUCAUGGCCACAACAUGAAAUCAUGCACUAAUCCAAUUCCAAUGGCAGAUGUAGCUCUUACUUAAGAGUUGUUUAGUAUCAUUUACUUUAUCUCUUUCCGACUAUAUGUAUUUCAAUUUGAGAUGUUCUUAUUACAAAUAUGGAUGAUUUAAUGUUUUAUGUUCUUUUUGUUGAACAAUAUGGUCCUUGAACUCCACGCUUUAUAUUUAAUAGCCAAAUACUUCUUACAUUUUUACACAAUUUCAAGAGUUACACUUUAUACGUCCAUACAUGACUCCAUAAAAUGGAAUUUAUUUC